AAAAUCUUACUGCGACACUAACGAACUAAUUAAUUAGAAAUUGUUAGUUAGCAAUUAACAUCAACCAUGAAAUUAAUGAAUGCUUUCACGAUUGUUGUGAUUUCAUCAGUGGCAAGUGGAUGGAGCACUCUGGAAAAACCUGCGCCUAACAAUAAAUUGAAUCAAGAAGCAGCGGGAGUAUUGGAAGCUUGUUCUGACGCAUUUGAAUCCUGUUAUUUAUUUGCAAAUGAAUGUGGGAAAAGAAGUGUGAAACUACAGUGCCCAAAAACUUGUGGGUUAUGCCGUGCUGUUUAUCCCAUGUCCUGUCAUGCAAGUGAAUACGGAUGUUGCUGGGAUAGCAUAACUUUAUCAGGGCCCAACGGAGAUGGCUGUCCAGUUUGUGAAGACAAGUUGAGUGGAUGUCCCAAGUUAAAGUACAAAUGCUUUAGUGAUGCAGUAAAACAAGCCUGUCCUUUUACAUGCAAUGUAAAAGAUUGCGUUUUUACAUCUGGUCAUUGUGAAGAUGAUCCACAGCAAGCUCAUUACUGUGAGUUAUUUAAAAAUAGUGGUUUUUGCCAAAACGACAUACCCCUUAUGGUAAAGGUGUGUAAAAAAACAUGUGACCUGUGUGCUUAUGUUACGAACCCUGAUGAAGCAAAUCCAGCGAAAAAAUCUGAAGAAGAUGAGCUAAUUGAAAAACUUCAAAAACAAGUUGAAGACGCUAUAGCAAAAAAACAAUCAAACUUUGAGCCUCUGUUUAAAGAAAACGAACCCAAGAUUGACACCAAAGCUAACUUGCAAGAGUUUCUUGAAGAGAAAAUUCGACAAGAAAAAUUGGAACAAGAUAAAAAAGAUAUAAACACGGACUUAACAAAAAAAUCGCAAGAGUACAAAAAAAAUGUUCAAUCUGAAAGCACCAAUAAAGAAGCUGAAAAUACAAUUAAACAAUUGGAUACUACCAUGAUGCAAGGCGAAAAUAACAACAAAAAAUCAGAAGAUAUCGAAAAACAUCACGACAGUUCUAACACACCGGGAUCUAAUAAAGAAAUCGAUCAGUUUUCGAUUAAAAUUAUAUCCGUAGAAGACAAAAGAGCUGAACCUGAGAAAAAGGAAAGCAAAGAAUCUCGUGAACACAAUAACAAUGGUUUACACAACAUAAUAGAAAAUUCAAACGUCACAGUAGAAAACUUGGAAACGGAAAAAGAAGCUGAAGAGUCUUUGCUCGAAUUGAUCAAAAAAGAACAAAAGAAAAAUUCAGAGAGCGCAUCAGAGAUAUUAAAACGUCUAAAUGAAGUUGUAGAUGAAACAAAAACAAGAAAAUUUUCAAGGAAAGAUCCGGUGAUCAUAAAAAACUCUGAGACAGAUACCCUUUUAAAAAUGAUAGAAGAUCUACCGCUGACAAAUAUGAAAGAUAUUAAAAAAAGUUCUGCAAAUGAAAACGAGGAAAUAAUCAAUACACUUAAAGAAAAAAUGAAUAGUGAAAAGCUUGAACGAUAUCAAAUUGCAAAAAUGGAAGAAGACGCGGCAUUAUUGCAACUUUUAGAAAAAGAUGAAGCAACUAAAAAAGCUGCGCAAGAUGCACUAAACUCGAUUACUUCUAUGUAAAAUAAAAAGAUGUAAAUAAGAUUAGCAUUAAAAAACGCAAAGCAUUCCGGUCCUUUUUUAACGCCUUUAACGAAGUAUAUUGACUUUUAUAAAACAACUUUAACGUUUGCGAAAAAUACUUGUUUACUUUAUUUAAAUAAAAAAUGUUUUAGUUUUUAAUUGAUACCGUAUGAUGUACUAAGUUAAUAAUAUGAAGAAAAAUUACUUUUGAAGUUA